UUAGUUGUGCAGGUGCUUUUGUGUAUAUUUAUUUAUUUAUUUUAUUUGUUUUCCUUUCUUUCUUGCAUUAUCUGCUUUUCUCAAAGUCUGAAUCUUUUGUCUUUAUUUUUUUCUUUCUAAUUAUUAAUUUUGAGAAGCAGCCAUAAGACUUUAAGUUUGAAUCAAUAGGAAGAGGCUAUUUGGAAUAAUGACGAUCAGUGCGCAGAAUUGCUGCUUGGAAUCCUUUGUAGGUAGAAAAUUGGGAUUAAAAGUUUUAUUAUGAAUUGGGUGAUUGGUGCUUUGAGUGUGAUAGACACAAAGUGACCGUAUUGUUUAUUUAUUUACUAGUUCUUUUUGGGUCAAUGGGAAAAAAAUUGAUCUUUAGGCCCACCUCGCUUUCCUUUGGAUGGCACAGGUUGUUUGGAUAUGUUUUUAAACCACAAUUUUGGGCCAGAAUCCGUAGUCUACAAUUAGAAAUCUUUAUGUUUGCCAGCUAAUAAAGGUAUGUACUCUAAAAGGAGUGGGAACUACUGUUUAACUUUUUUUUUUUUCUAGAGACUUCUUCUAGUUACCUUCUGUCGACACUUGAGAUUUGACUGUUGCUACUAAAGGAUGAGGAAAGGAAAUGGUUCAUUAGCUGUGAAUGGACCUGAUUAUUGAAAGGGAUCAAUCUUCCAUAUGGGGUCUUUGCAAGCCCUGAUAGUUGUUGCACCAUUAGGCUUGAUGGUGCAGUGAAUGGAGAGGAAUAGCUUAUGAUGGGAUUAAGACAUGUUUUCAUGAGAUUUCGUCUUUCUUGAAGGAGUGCUGUUUGAGGGUUCAUUCUGUUAUUUCUCCAAUGACUACAGCUAUUGCAGUUGAGGAUGUGAGAAGGGAGGUGAAAAUAUUAAAGGCCUUGGCAGGACAUGGCAAUCUCAUACAGUUCUAUGAUGCAUUCGAAGACAUUGAUAAUGUGUAUAUAGUAAUGGAGUUAUGUGAAGGAGGCGAGCUUCUAGAUAGAAUACUUUCAAGGGGUGGGAAAUACUCAGAAGAUGAUGCAAAAGCUGUCUUGGUGCAGAUUCUAAAUGUUGUUGCUUUUUGUCAUCUACAGGGUGUGGUCCACCGAGAUCUUAAACCAGAGAACUUUCUAUAUACUUCUAAGGAAGAGAACUCUCAGCUGAAAGUCAUAGACUUUGGCUUAUCAGAUUUUGUCAGGCCAGAUGAAAGGCUUAAUGACAUUGUGGGGAGUGCAUACUAUGUGGCACCUGAAGUCCUCCAUAGAUCUUACAGUACAGAGGCUGAUGUGUGGAGUGUAGGUGUCAUCGCAUAUAUUCUACUAUGCGGUAGUCGUCCAUUUUGGGCCAGGAGUGAGUCCGGUAUUUUCCGGGCAGUCUUGAAAGCUGAUCCAAGUUUUGAUGAAGCACCUUGGCCUUCUUUAUCUCUUGAAGCAAAAGACUUUGUCAAACGUCUAUUGAACAAGGAUCCCAGGAAGCGAAUGACUGCUGCUCAGGCUUUAAGUCAUCCUUGGAUACGGAAUCAUAAUGAUGUUAAAGUACCUCUUGAUAUUUUAAUUUUCAGACUCUUGAAGGCUUAUAUGCGCUCAUCUUCAUUGCGCAAGGCUGCUUUAAGGACAUUGUCUAAGACAUUGACUGUAGAUGAACUGUGUUAUCUGAAAGAGCAAUUUGCAUUAUUAGAGCCAAACAAAAAUGGCACCAUAACCUUGGAAAACUUCAGAAUGGCCUUGAUGAAAAAUGCAACGGAUGCAAUGAAAGAUUCACGCAUCCCUGAUUAUCUUACUUCACUAAAUGCACUUCAAUACAGAAGAAUGGAUUUUGAAGAAUUUUGUGCAGCUACAUUGAGUGUCCAUCAGCUAGAGGCACUUGAUCGUUGGGAGCAGCAUGCCCGCACUGCAUAUGACCUUUUUGAAAGGGAAGGAAACAGAGCUAUUGUUAUUGAGGAACUUGCUUCAGAACUUGGACUUGGCCCCUCUAUCCCAGUUCAUGCUGUUCUCAAUGACUGGAUAAGGCAUACAGAUGGGAAGCUUAGCUUCCAUGGUUUUGUCAAAUUGUUGCAUGGUAUAUCCAGCCGAACCAUAGCAAAGGCACAAUGAAGAUUAGGUGUGUUUUUAUCCUGCUGGAAGUGUCAAAUUUGCUUUGUUUUUUCUUGUUGGCAAACAUCAAAGAAGAUGCGUGAGAUACAAUAUUUUAGGUUAGACAUUCGCAGCGAUGAAUUUGGAGCUUUAUCAGUAAUCACUUCCACAGCCGCCCUUCAGUGAUGAUUAUAAGAGCCUUCAGUCUUCGUACUUGAUUCUUCAUGGAGCAAGAAUUGACAAUGAUCUGCCAUUUGCCAUUGAUUCAUUAUACAUACGUAGAAGAAAGGUCAUUGGCAUUAUGUUGUAAAAUUAUAGUUUAGUCUUUGUCUAAGCAGGCAAAAGCUAUUUUCAUUUUUUACUACUAUUGAUAUUAUUGUUUUUCUACACAUAUUCCAUUGCUUGCUUCUCAAAUCUUUGUAAAACAGAUCAAUUUGCCUUCUGAACUCUGCAUUAAGGGAUCGAACAGGUCCAAUUUCUAACUUGUGCAAAUAGAUUCAAAUUUUAACCAA